AAUGGCGGCGGCGAGGGCAGCAGGGAUGGCGUGCUCGCGCAUUGGCUUCACGUGGCGCGGCAACGAGAUCUUCUCUCCGGUUUGGCCCGCCGCGUCAACGGGCGCCGAAGCGGUGGCGCUCGCCGCCGUCUUCGCUGCUGCCGUGCUCAUCGAGUGGAGCCACCACCGCGCCGUGGUGUCGGUGGCGGCGCACGCUGGCCGCGUCUGCGGGGGCUACGCGCUGAUGCUGGCGGCGAUGUCGUUUGACGUGGGGGUGCUGGCGGCGGCGAUGUCGGGCCAUGCUAUGGGGUUCUUGACCUUAGGUUGCCGGUCGUCGUCGCGUCAACGGCCGCCUACGGGGUGGGCCUCGCCGCCGUCUUCGCUGCUGCCGUGCUCAUCGAGUGGUGCCACCACCGCGCCGUGGCGUCGGUGGCGGCGCACGCCGGCCGCGUCUGCGUAAAAAUCAAAACAACAAAAACAAAUAUGAGUAAAAACGCCGUUGCCGGGGAUCGAACCCGGGUCACCCGCGUGACAGGCGGGAAUACUCACCACUAUACUACAACGACUUUGAUGCAAUAAGGUGUGA